AUGAAAAUGAACAAACUGAAGACCUUCAGCAAUUUAUGCAAGAAGAAAAAAGUCCAGAUGAGUGGCAGAUCCGUGAUUCUUCAAGGUGACAGAGCAUUGUUUGGUCGCAUCAUUGUGAUGGCACAGGGACGAAAUCUGCAAAUGGCUGAUGAGCAGUCAAGUGCUAUUACAUUACUGCAGAACACAGGAGGGCAUUUCUUGGUACAUGAAGAUGGAUCAAAUGUUCCACAUGCUGACCUGCACAAGACGCGUGUGAGGAAAGAUGAGGAUGCUGUUUCGACAAUAGUACAUCUGGUGAAGAGCUGGGUAAAUCCAUUUGAAGAAGCCCACGAACUUAUCAAGAACCUUCCCGGCGACGAUGGCGAGUUCUACCAGUUUGUUUACGUUAGCGACGUGGGCGUGGUGCGCGGUGCCAGCAUGCCGUUCCAGUUCCGCGACACGGACGGCGGGGACUUUGUCGCGCUGGAAGAGGAUGACAUCAUGAUCGUGCAACCACGUGCCGCCAUCACAGAGGGCAAGCUGAAGGUCGCAUUCGGGGAGACGGCGCAGCUGAGAGCCGUAAAGGAGGUUCUAGAGGAGGAGGUGAACGACCUGCAAGAGAAGCUGCGAACUGCCAUCCAGCAGGUGGCAGCACUGAGACAUGAGAUGUCGUCUCAGCAGGAGGCCUCGCAGGCGACGGAGACUGAGCUGCGGGGAAAGCUGAAGCAACUAGAGAAGAUAGGUGAAACAAACGAGGUGGCCAUCACACAGGCCAAGAAGGACACAGAAAAACUGCGAACUGCUGUCCAGCAGGUGGCAGCACUGAGGCAGGAGAUGUUGUCUCAGCAGGAUGCCUCAAAGGCGACAGAGGCUGAGCUGCGGACAACGGUUAAGCAGCUGAAGGAGGAGGGGGAGACGAAGAAAGGAGCCAUCGCGCAGGCGAAGAAGGACACGGAGAAGCUGCUGGCGCGCGUCCAGGAACUCGAGGAGAAGCUGAAGAACAGCGAAGACAAGAACGAGGCCCUCGAGGCCUGCAAACGGCAGCUGACCGACGACGUCAGGGCUUACGAAGAACUCAAGGCCAGCAUGUCAGCAUCGCUGGAGGUGGCGGCCACGGAAAUGGAUAAACAGAGCAGGGAGGCAGAGACGGCGAAAGAGAGAGCUUCGCAGCUCGAGAAGCUGCUGAAACAGGAGGAGAUGGCGAACAAGGAGGUGGCGAAGGCGAGCAGUGAGCUUGCUGAUGAGAACUCGCGGCUGCGCGGUGAGCUGGAGAGCCUCAGACAGCAGAAGGAGCUCGAGUCCGCGGGCACGGCGUUCGCGUUCAGUCAGACGCUGGCCGGCCUGCAGGAGUGCUGCAACAACUACCGGGACAAGCUGACAAAGGCCGAAAACAAGCUCACUAAGAACACGAAACUUGCGACGGCGAAGGCAGAUCUCAUGAGAGAGACCGAGGACAUGCGGGAGAGGUUGGUGAUGGCGAGGCAAGAGUACAUCAUCAAAUACAAGGAAUGUGAAAAGUUGAAGAUUAAGCUCGGCCGGCUUCAGCGCUGGCGGCUCGCCUCCUCCCGUCAACGACCGCCGGCGCCACCGUACUACAACGACCUCGUUCUCGAGGCGAAGCGAACGGACCGACGAGCGGCCUUCGCGCUGUCGUCGUGGGCCGGAGUGAGGGGAGGUGGCAGAAGCCGCAGCAUCAACGGCGGAGGAGGAGGGCGGAGAGGAGACGUGCGAGUACUGACGCAGAGAAGCGAUGAGCUGAGAGGAUCCGUGCAGAUGCGG